UACUGACCGAUCUUCUGUAUAUACCUCACGUAGAGGCCCCUCAUAAUCUUUCACCUCUGUCACUCUGUGAUAAAAAAUGGCCCUUGUACCUCAGAACAAGACACCCAACAACAUUCCUAAAGGAGACUACUGUCGUCCUCAUCUGCUCAGUAGAGAUAGCCAUCGUCAAUUUGAAACGGAAGACAGUUCAAUCAUCAGCCAAGUUCUGUACAUCGAUGAAUCUCAUGAUGACCGUCCCUAUGAUCCUACUCCUAUUUCCUUGAAACAUAUUCUACGAGCCUCUGAGGUUAUUCUUUCCCAUGCCGAUACCCCAGAUAUCCAUUCCGAUGUUUCGAGAUCAACAAUACCUGCGAGUGGAGCAGAUGAGUAUACCUUGGAGGAUGACUUGGAACAAUUUGCGAGCUCAGUUAGCCUGCAUGAAAGCUACGGUGUUCCAACCAGUAUCUUUAUUGCAAUUUCCGGCAAGUUAUUUACAAAAAAGUGGAUAACCAGAGAAGAUAACAACAAGCAAAAGAUAGCCAUGGGUAUUUUACAUGCCGUCCAUCAGUACGAUUGGCAAGAAAAGGUGGUACUCGUCCUGGGAACUUUUGCUGUGAAAAAUGGUGAGCUUUGGCUUGUGGCUCAGCUUUACACUACCUAUGCGCUAGCCAGAGAAAUCGGCAAACUCGAGCAAUUACCGGAGUUAUUGGAGGGCCCAGCGACGAAUUCAAAGUCAAAAUUUGAAGCAUACAACAAUCUUGUUCAAGCCGUGCUUAAAGUGACCAAGCUCAUUAUUCGGUUACAGGAGAUUCGCCGUGAUCCGGACUCGAACGCCGAGCUAGAAUCGACGACUAAUUCAACUGAUUUCCAUAUUGCUACUGCUGUUUACUGGACAAUUUGGAGCCUAGUAGUUGCUGCAUCACACUUUGUAGGGAUCACCUGCAUGGGUCUUGACUACAAGAUGGAAGCAUGGGGACUAUCAUUUGCGAUCCAAAAGCUCGAGACCAUACAGGGCGACCUUGAGGAGUCCAUAAACAGUUUAUAUGAUGCCAUCAAGAGAAAGAAAGAUGAUAAAGAUUUAGCUGCUAUUGCAUACAUUUUAGAAAACCCACAUCUUGACAACAUCAAGCCUUUAAAGGUUUUGUUUUUCAAGGACCAGCCAGCACUCUAUGAUUGCUACAGAAAGAGAAGGGUGAGCAUUGGUCUGUUGAAGGGGAAGAUUGUAAUACUGUUCCUUACAGAUCUAGACAUCCUCCAUGAAAAGGAGUACAUGAUCGUUCAACAAAUGUACAUGGAAAAGCACCACGAGCCAACGAAGCCAGAGAACCAGUACGAGGUUGUGUGGAUUCCGAUUUUGGACACAUGGACUGCAGCCAAAUAUGAACGGUUUGAAACCAUUAGAAAUGCAAUGGAAUGGUACUCGGUUUACCUCCCUUCAGUAGUUUCGCCGACUGUGAUCAGGUAUAUUCGAAAGGAGGAUAAAUGGAACUUUGUGAAGAAGCCUUUGCUUGUGGUGAUGGACCCUCAAGGAAAUAUAGUGCACAACAAUGCUGUACACAUGAUAUGUGUUUUUGGAAGCAUAGCAUUUCCAUUUAAUAAAAGCAGGGAGGACUUGCUCUGGGAAAAAGAGACCUGGAGGAUGGAACUUGUGGCAGACCCCAUCGAUGAUAAUAUACUUUCUUGGAUCACCGAAAGAAAGCACUUAUGCUUGUACGGUGGAGAAGAUAUAAAUUGGAUCCGGAAUUUCACAAGGGUGGCAAAAAAUGUUGCUUGGGAAGCUGGAAUCGGGUUGGAAUUGCUUUACGUGGGCAAGAACAAGGCUAAAGAGAGACUGGUGAAGAACAUAAUGAGAAUCAUUCAAGACGAGAAUCUAAGCCACACGAUCGAGUGGCACCUCAUUUCGUUUUUCUGGACUCGUCUGGAAAGCAUGUGGCAAUCCAAAGGACAUCAACUCCAGAACAAGCUUAAAUCAAGCCAACUUCGGAGCACUGAUUCCGUUGCUAUGAAGAAAGAUGAUGCCGUAAUGCAGGGAAUUAUAUCUAUGCUGAGCUUCGGUUCCAGCGACCAUGGGUGGGCGGUGAUUGGAGCCUGUUCGGCGGAAAUGUCUAAGGCAAACGGGGAGCACAUGUUGAGGAGCUUGAGGGAGUUUAAUGCGUGGAAGACAAGGCACAUUGAGAUAGGGUUUACACCUGCACUGAAUGAAUACCUAGCUGGGGUGUCAAAGCAAGCUCCACAUCACUGCUCCAAUUUGACGUUGCCCGUCACCGGACUAAUGCCGGAGACGGUGGCCUGUGCUGAAUGUGGACGUAUCAUGGAGAGGUUCAACAUGUUCCUGUGCUGCAGUGACUGAACUCGACAUGUGUAUAUAGUUGUAUCGUACGGCUUUAAUUUUUUGAAGCAUACAUUUGUACGUUAAUUAGCUUUGGCGGUUGCUAGCUGCUCAUUAACAGUGGAGAUGUAGCGCCGUUGGAACA